CCGCUGCGCUGCCACUGCACUCCUGGCGCGUCCGCCGGCCGGCCGGUCGUCUUCCCUCGGCCUCCGAGACCGCCCCCGCACCUCCGAUUGCAUACACGGUGUCGCAACGGAAAAAAACUUAUCUGAACUUUGUUUCCAAAAAUUAAAAUGAGACUUUUAAUUUACUUUAAGUUUCUUUUACUUUUCAACUUCAGUUUAACUUUGGGCCAAGUUUGUCCGCCAAAAUGCGAGUGUGCUCGAAACGCGGUGCGGUGUCUGCGCCAGGGCCUGACUGUCGUGCCGAAAGUUCCAACAGACAUACACACUCUAGAUCUCCGUUUCAACAAGAUCUACGACGUCGGCGGAGGCGUGUUCACGCACAUGCACCAACUACGCUCUCUGCUUCUCAACGACAACCAGCUGCGCGCGCUGCGCUCCGGCGCCUUCCACGGCCUGCGCCGCCUCAAGUACCUCUAUCUCUACAGGAACCGCAUAAAGACUAUCGACCCUGAUGUCUUUAAGGGCUUGCCGCAUUUGGAACAACUCUACUUGCACGUGAAUGAAAUCCACGAGAUACAAGCAGAUACGUUUUCAAACAUGCCCCGCCUGGAACGCUUAUAUAUGCACAACAACCGUCUGGCGCACGUUCCCUUCGGCUCGUUCACCGGCAUGCCGAAGCUGCGCAAGCUGCGACUGGACAGCAACGCGCUGGUGUGCGACUGCAGCGUGCUGUGGCUGGUGCGCAUGAUGCGCGCGCACGCCAGCAUGAACGUGGCUGCCACCUGCUACGGCCCGCCCCAGCGCCUCGGGACCUCGCUCGCGAGCCUCAGGGAAUAUGACAUGCAUUGCAAGCAACCCGAAAUACACGAAGGGCCCGAAGACGUAGUAGUGGAAUUUGGCAAGGAUGCUAUAUUUAGUUGUACCGCCGCUGGGGAUCCAAGGCCCGAAAUAGUAUGGUUUCGCGACUCCGUAGCCCUCCCUCUAGACGCGACCCGAUACGAAGUACAGUCCAACGGCAGCCUUAUGAUACACAACGUGGAUGAGACUGACGUCGGAGUCUUCGAGUGCAUGGCUAAAAACCCCUCUGGAGAAGCGCGUUCAAGACCCGCGCGGAUGAUGAUGAUGAUACACGACGAGCCUAAAGAAAAUGAGGUUCCCGUUUUCAAGAUCAGGCCCAAAAGUCAAGUGGUCAAAAAAAGAAACGUUCGAGUUAGGUUCGAUUGCGUAGCUAAAGGAAAUCCACCACCUCAUAUCGCCUGGUACUUCAAAGGCACUAGGCUUCUACUUGACCCUCGAACGGAUUUAAAACUGAACGGCUCGAUUUUCAUCGAUGACGUGCAGUACGUCGACGCUGGGGAAUAUACAUGUGUAGCGGAAAAUGUACUUGGCAAAGUUAAUGCAUCAGCUGAACUUAAAGUAUUAGUUCCCCCUUCAUUUAGAGAUGUGCCAAAAGACAUAACGGCUUCCGAAGGCGAUAAAGUUGAAUUCACUUGUUCGGCUCGAGGAUCUCCAAAACCUGUCAUAAGCUGGUUCAUGAACACCAUGUCUCUACCAACAAGCGAUAACUAUGUCUUUACGAAUGAAAAUGAAAAGUUUACCAUUCUGGAAGUGACAAAGGAUGACGCCGGGAUUUAUCAUUGCAGAGCGGAAAAUUCCGAGGGCAUUACAGAAAUUUCAGCAGUACUGAAUGUAGAAGAAUUUAAAGUAAUACCGCCUCGCAUAGUUCUUAAACCGGUUGACACCGAUGCUUACAAAGGAACAUCAGUUCAGUUACCGUGCGAAGUUGAAAGUGACCCUCCUGCCUCCGUGGAAUGGACUAAAGACGGGUCCUCAAUAUUGUUAGAGGAUAGAAUAUUGAUAACUUUGAUCGGCAGUUUAAUUAUAAAUAAUUUAACCCUAAGCGACACCGGCCGGUAUGAAUGCUUGGCAUUUAAUGAAAACGGUAAGGAUAUAGCAUCUCUGUUUCUAUCCGUGAAAGAUCACACACUUCCAGGAGAGCAAUAUGUAAACAUAGCGUUGACUGAAGCGACAAGAGACAUAGAUCAGGCUAUCGCUAGAACAGUAAAAGAAAUAUUUCAAAACACCUCAACGAAAAAAGAUGUCCACGAACUUUUUAGGAUAGCUCACUUCCCAAACGCACCCGCACGAGAACUAGCUCGUGCAGCUGAAAUUUAUGAACGUACCUUAGACAAAGUACGAGAUUUUAUUCAAGGUGGCUUAAAUGUAACUUCGGUACAACCAUUUAAUUAUAAUGAUGUUCUUGGUCAGCAAAAUUUGGAUUUAAUUGCACGGCUAUCGGGCUGCACGGCACACCGGGAAAGUAAAGAUUGUUCUGAUAUGUGCUUUCACAACAAAUACCGCAGUAUCGACGGCAGUUGCAAUAAUUUUGCCCAUCCUAUGUGGGGUUCAUCUUUGACAGGUUUUCGGCGAAUACUUUUUCCUAUAUAUGAGAAUGGUUUCAGUCAACCAGUGGGCUGGAACAAAGGGGUGAAAUAUAAUGGAUUUGAACUACCAAGUGCUCGGUCUGUAUCUACCUCUAUCAUAACUACAACAGAGAUAUCUCAAGACGUCGAGAUUUCGCAUAUGGCUAUGCAAUGGGGCCAGUGGCUUGACCAUGACUUGGAUCACGCGCUACCAUCUGUAAGUUCACAGACAUGGGACGGUGUAGACUGUAAAAAAACAUGUGACUAUGCAGCUCCAUGUUUUCCCAUUGAUGUUCCAAAUAAUGAUCCACGCAUCACUAAUCGCCGGUGCAUUGACUUUAUUAGAACUAGUUCGGUAUGUGGAUCAGGAAUGACGUCCGUCUUAUUUGGGAGCCUGCAGCCGAGAGAACAAAUUAAUCAACUUACUUCAUUUAUCGAUGCUUCACAAGUAUACGGGUUCGAAAGUGCUGUUGCUACUGACCUACGAGAUUUGACUAAUGAGAAUGGAUUAUUGCGUGUUGGUGUUACAUUCCCCGGAAGAAAGCCGCUAUUGCCUACCACAGGCAUAAACGGCAUGGAUUGCAGGCUAAACCUUGCAGAAAGCGAUCGUGCUUGCUUCGUUGCGGGUGACAUCAGAGCCAAUGAACAAAUUGGUUUGGCGGCUAUGCAUACUAUCUGGAUGCGGGAACACAAUCGUCUUGCCCUGCAGUUGAAAUCUUUGAACUCAUUUUGGGACGGAGACAAGGUGUACCAGGAAGCAAGGAAAAUAGUCGGAUCUGAAAUACAAAUGAUAACUUACACACACUGGUUACCGAUAGUUCUUGGUAAGGAAGGUUACAAAAAGUUAGGAGAUUAUAAAGGGUAUAAUAGCAACUUGAACCCUUCAAUAUCAAAUGUGUUUGCUACAGCGGCGCUAAGAUUUGGUCAUUCCAUGAUUAAUCCAAUAUUGCAUCGUUACGAUGAAGACUUCGAGCCUAUUCCUCAAGGACAUUUGCUGCUGAGAAAUGCAUUCUUUGCUCCCUGGAGACUUGUCGACGAAGGCGGAGUAGAUCCCUUGCUCCGAGGUAUGUUCACAACACCGGCUAAAUUGAAAACUUCUACUCAAAAUCUAAAUUCGGAACUAACAGAGAAGCUCUUUUAUUCCGCCCACGCAGUUGCCCUAGACCUUGCUGCUAUUAAUAUUCAAAGAGGACGUGAUCACGCAAUUCCUCCGUACACAAAAUGGAGACAAGUUUGCAACAUGACAGAAGUAAAAGAUUUUGACGAUUUGUCCAAUGAAAUAUCUGAUCCAAAUGUACGAGACAAACUUAAGGAGCUUUAUGGAUCUGUUCACAACAUCGAUGUCUGGGUAGGAGGAAUUUUAGAAGAUCAGGUGGACGGAGGUAAAGUUGGCCCACUAUUUAGCUGCCUUCUAUUGGAGCAAUUUAGGCGUUUGCGAGACGGAGAUCGAUUAUGGUAUGAGAAUCCAAAUGUAUUUAAACCUGAACAAUUAGAUCAGAUAAAAAAAACAAGUCUAGCUCGAGUGCUGUGCGAUAAUGGUGACAAAAUUGAUACGAUUGGUGAAAACGUAUUUUUGAUUCCUGAAGUACAAGAUGGAAUGGUAUCCUGCGAUGACCUGCCUUCAAUAGAUAUUCGAUUUUGGGCAGAUUGCGAAUCGUGUGGAGAUUAUAGAGAAAGUAAUACCUUGUCGCGCUCGCGUAGGGCUACGGUGAACGAGACAUUCCACGAUGAGCGUAUAUUUGAUUUAGAACAAGCAAAUGAAGAUUUGAAAGAAACUGUUGCCGCUCUUUUGAACAGGAUUGAACAGCUCGAGGAAAUUGUACAGGAAAAUAAUAAAAUCGGUGACAAUUAAUGCCUAAUAAGGCUCGCCGAAAGAACAUAGACAAUUAAAAUGUAUCUAAGAUCUAUACGUAUAAAAAAUAAAAAUCAAUUUAACGAACGUGACCGAUAAAUUAAACACGCCAAAAGCACAUUUUUGGUCAUUACCGCCUCAAGUUUAUGGUGAGCCACAAGAGCAAACAAAGGCUAGGUUUGACACAGUGCAGUCUUUUAACAUUGCCUGUUUUUUGACCUUUGCUAUCAAGUUAGUUAGUUACUUACUUACUUACAUACAAAACUUUUUUAGCCAGUUUAAUUUUAUCGGUCACGUUCUUUUCAUACCUAACGUUAAAAAAUCCUUCGAAGUUACUAAAAUAAACAAAUAAACCAACUCCUAUUACUUUGAAACUUUACGGCGGUAAUAUGGUAUCCUACGGCUUACGUUUGCCAAGGAUUUUGAUACUGAGGUACUUGAAUAGGAUUUAUUUUGCAGUCAUAUAAUUUGAUUUUUAAUACAACUCACAUAGAUCUAGAUUACAGAUUUCAUUUAUCUGUCACUAGUAAUAUUAUACCUAACGGUUUUGUAACUACUAAUUUUACCAUUAUGUUGUAACAGUUGUUAAUUCCCUUUAUUAAGAGUUUGAAACGAUUCUAGAGUCCAUCUACGUCAAGUCGCAGCAAUUUGGCAGCGACUAAGUGUGGCAGCGCCACCUCGAACGUCAUAUUUAUUAAGGUCAGCGCGGCCACACAGUUUGUCGCUGCUAAUUCGUUGCAGAAUGUUUUCAUUGUCCCUGUACGGAUAUGAUGGUCGUAUUUGUCUACGUGACAGCGUGAUAAAACGGUGUCCGUCUCUUUCUAUCCCGCAGAGUUAAAAGGUGACAGUUGUUUUAUCACGUGGAUAAAUGUGGAUAAAGCGAUCCUCAAUAGGCUUGCAGUGUACGUCAAAUACGGCGCUUCUGAUACGGGAUAGCGUGGCCAGAGUCUAGACGGAGUUCGUUUUAUUUUUAUGUAUUUAAAAUUGCAGUACGCUGUGUCUUAAGUUGCUUUCCAUGUUAGCGGGUAAGUAAUCUAGUCUUUAUCUGUAAUAGUUUUAAAGAUUAACCUUACAAUAACUUACGUAUGUGCUAAUAUUUACAGGUUAUUUUAUAAAUCGAAUAUACUUAUACUAAGAUCUUUGUAAAUGUUUGUUUCGUGGUCUUGAUAAUAUAUGAGUAAGUAUGAGUCGGAUUUUAUCAUUGGGUACCUAAGUAUUUAUUCAUAAAAUGGUCUAAAAUUAUACCCUUACUAACAUUCACGAUUAUAAUAUACAUAUUCUUAGGUACGUCCGUCCUACGUCCGGACUAAGUCCAAAAUUAAUAAAUUUUACCUUUACUUAUGACUGUUUGUUCUUACGAGUUUAUAUAAUAAGGAAUUAUAAAUUUGUCAUUACAUCAUUAUUAUUCACUAUUAAUUAGUAUCAUUACAUUAUAUGUAUUGCAUGUACAACCAUUUAGCUAGAAUAAGAAUUAGGUAAGGCCAAUGCGGCCAAAUUCGUCUACGGGAAAUUCUGGAAGUAGGUAAUAGAUUAUUUCUAACAAUAGAUACAUUCAAGUAGACUAUUGUUAAAUACAUCAAUAAGUAGCAUUGCUUCUAGUUCCGACAGUCAAAAUCAGACGAUACGCUCCCGCCAAAAAAAUAUAACAAUAUUUUUCCUUUUAUUUCCCGAAAAAUAUCUGUUCUCAUUUAGAUACUCAUAACGGACUUGACUGUUUAUUAUGUUAGACAAAUGCUGAUGAUUUGAUGAAUAAUAGGAUAGGGCACUAAAAUGUUUAAAAAAUUCAGUAAGAUUAAUAACUUUCAAAGUAUGCAGCAGUUAUGUCAAUAAAAAACAUAUGAGUUCCGUCAUACGCCUACGUUUGGAUGCUGUGGGUAUCAGUGAUAUCACAGUAAUUUACUAAAAUUCAUGUCUGUAGCACGAUAAAAAAAAAUCCUCAGUAAAAAACUUAGAUAGAGGUACAUCUUGUAUUGUAGUUGUGUAAAAUCCUAAUAACAACACAUCCAUUUUUCUCGUAAUGUAGUGACUUUAAUUAGUGUUUAAUAAAUGUUAUUGAUGUGCUUCCUUCAAUCUUAGGUGUAAUAAAUAUUAUACAUUUAAUAAAUCUAAGUGUUGUGAAAGGUAUUGUAUUACAUGUUACUUGUCUAUGGCAAAAUGUUGGCUGAAAAGCGGAAAAAUAGCACCCAAUAAAAUAUUACACAUACUAAAUACCUACUCUUUUUCUACUUUAUUACUAUAUACGUAACAGUCUAUUUGUUCUCAAAAUUGGAUAAAUUAAUUGUUGAAUACUUAUAAAAUGUGGCAUGAAACCUAAAUGACUUGAUUUUUUUAAUUAGUUAGGUACCUACAAUGUCAGGUUGUAGGUACAUUUCGGGAGGCAAGUGUGAGCGCAUUUAAUGAAUUAUAUUUUUCAGGUGAAAUUCAUGAAUUAUAUUAGAACCUAUUCUAGAAUUUAAUAAUGUUAUAUCAUAAAAUACUUAACAUGUAUUGGAAUUUGUAUUAGGAUGGAAAUAUUAGGGUUAUUCCCAUCCGUUACCAUCAAAGUUACUCCUUAAAACCGGUAACAUAUUUUUUUUCUCUACCACCGGGAGUAAGACAGAUAAAAUAAUCCCGUACAAGGAAAUAUAAUUCUCAGUAAUUACCACGUAAUUAUGUAUUUUUAUAAUAUCACCUUUAUUAAGGAGUGUUUUUUUGUUUUAAUACGUCGACAGGUUAUUAAAUUUAUUAUUUAAGUAUGUAUAUUAGAACUACAUUCAAUUUAUUUUGGGGGUAGUUGCUGGGAAUUAAAUAUCCCAUCUUUUUCGUAUGAUAAGUUAAUGAGAUAACAUUCUUGGCUAUUGCCAGUGGCAGGCGUGGCUCACUCCGCGAUUUCGUCGCUUUGCUACAUGUAUGUACCUAAAAGUACAUUCGUUCCAAUCCAAUUUUGGGGAAAGUCAUAAGCCGCGCGUGGCGCUGUCGCCACCUAGCGGCCAUAUCUGUGCUGAUCGUAACAGGCGCGUUUUGUUAGAGAGUGAGUCUUCUGUACCUAGGACUAUUAUUUAUUCUGUGCCAGUGGGUACAACUUGGCGGUUUCAUCUGGGAAUAACGCAAAUAUUGUAGUGCGAUGAGGAGGGUGAUAAUUUAAUGCAUUGGUAUAGAGCAAUGCCUGUCCAGUGUUAUGAGACUACCAACAACUGAAGGGAUCAAUAUCGUAGAGUAGGAAUUACGAAAUAUCAAUCAUGAUUAAAUUUAAAGGGGUGAAACCCUAGCAUUAGGUCCUACCUACUUAAAAAUAUAUUUAUGUUUUGUUAGUGAUUUACACUAAGAAGCCCUUUACACUCCUAUUUCAUGUAACAUAAUUAAUAAUGCUAUGAAAAAUUACUAUUAAAAUUUUAGAUGACUUUAAGUAUGUGAGUACAUUUAUGCCUAUUGCCUACCAUAAGUAUUUAAUACGUUUGAAAAUCCACCGUAAGAAUGACAAUAAAUCCAUUACAUUUCGGUAUUAUCCUAAAGACCAAAUUUUGUAAAAAUGUGUUGUAUGGGACGGGGUGGUCGUAAUAGUGGUACCGUCAGUAACUAUUAACACAUCCUAUUUCUACAAUAACAAUAUUAACAAUGGUGUGUUAGGAUACUGUUGGCCACCUUGGCCGUCACUAUCUACUUGGUGCUGACUACUCAGUGGCGUAACGUGAACUAAUCUAAACGUGGGCGAAGUCGCAUCUG